AUGGCUGCUGCUCUUCCAGAACAUUGCCUUCGAAAAAUUUUUAAUAGUUUCAAUAAUUUGGAAUAUAGUAUAAGCUUUAAACGUUCCCUGGUUUUGAUUAAUCGCUAUUGGUGUGAAACUCUUACACCGGAGCUUUGGCGUGAUCCUUUUGAAAAUUGUGAAACAAGUGAAAGUUACGAACUAUUAAUUGAUACAUAUCUUAAAUGUUUACCUUCUAAUGUGUUGAAAAAUCUUGGACUUGUUACAACUUCUUCAUCUAUUGCCUUUGAUUAUCCAUCUUAUUUACGCCAUUUUGAUCCCAAUGUAAUAUUUUCUGCUGUUAAAAUUUGGGUUGAACAAACUAUUCGUCCAGAUAUUGAUUGUGUCGAGAAGGAAAGAAGAAUCGUGGCGAUAUAUUGUGCUCUUUUGGGGAAUUUUAUGUUGAAGUCGAAGGUCAUUCAAAAAAUUACACUUUAUGAAACUCAAUUAGUGAAUUUUUAUAAUUUUUUCGGUGCUGAAACUUGCCUUGCAGCAAUUGAAACACUUAAUUGCAAUGUUAGUGAUGUGGGAGCUAUGGAACUGUCGAAUAUUAUAUAUUCGGCUUUGACUGUUUCGAAGAAUCUUCAAAAAUUAAAAAUUUGUUUGUUGAAUAUUGACGUUUGCAUCGACUCGAUCAUCAAAAAUAUGUCUUGCCUUAUUAAAGUUCAGCAAAAUUUAAAAGCUAUUUCUAUUGAAAGUUUUGAAAAGGACUUUCGCAAACUCUGGAAGUCAAUUUCUUUACAUUUCAACUCUUUAGUUGACGUUAGGUUAGUUUCUAUAAAAUUUAGUGAACGUAAACCUUUUAAACUUCAAGAAUUAGCUUUUAUUCCUAAUUUAGAAAUUAUCAAGAUUUAUAAUUGUGAAAAUCUGGAAUUUACUUCUAGCCCGAAAAUUGAUUCAAUAGCAUUUCGAAAAAUUCAUAGAUUCAAAGUUGAGAAUUGCCUUAAAUUUCCAAUGAGUUUUAUUAAGACCGUAUUAUCCAGAUCUAACAAAACUAUGCGAGAAAUUGGAUUUAGGGGACUUGAUAAAUAUGUAGAAAUAAUUGAAUUAUGUAUACAAUAUUGUACAAAUAUUACUAGAAUCGAUUUAACUAUCAAACGAAGCCAAUUUUCAAUAUUUAUUGAAUUAUUAGAAGUAUGUAAAGAUUUACAAGAAAUUUAUAUUGAUGAUAUGAUUUAUGUGGAUGAAUACACUUCGUUGAUGGGCUGCAAACGUAAAAAUUCAUCCGAAGAUGGAAACGAAAUUCUUAAACAACUUGGAAAAGUACUUCCACGAAAGGUUCAGUCGUUUAUAUUUUAUUUGGAUUGGUGGUUUACUCCGAAAUCGCUGGAAUCAUUUCUUGAAAAUUGUGCUGUUAAAGAAUUGAGAACACUUUCCUUUGCUUUAUAUAAAGAAUUUUCCCUUAAGCAUUUAAAUGUUAUACUGAAGUAUUGUUCGGGUACUUUGAAAAAUUUGCACCUUAAUACAAAUAAGCAUAUACCUGAUGGAGAUUUAGAAAGAGCUAGAGAUAUGAUUGAAUACAUUAUUUUUGAUGGAGGUGAAUAUAUAGAUGAUUAUAGAUGUUAUGAAGGAUCUGAUAAUGAAUAUUAUGAUGAUGGGUAUGACAUACAUUACGGUGCAAAAAUAGAUGAAAUUUAUGAUGAUUGCGAAUAUGAAUAUUAUAGCGAUAGUGAUGAAUUUGAUGAUUAUGAUGAUUAA